AUGUCUGCUUCAACCACAACAACACCAUCGGAAGCAACCAAUUACAACACCUCUCUGUACACAUCCACACUCCGAAUGGUUCUUCCCUAUUCUUAUAAAGCUAGGCAAUACAUUCGAUAUUAUUUACCAUAUCCAUCUGAGUUUGGAGCCACGCAAAUCACUCCCAACUUGUGGCUCGGAGAUCUCUCUGAUGCCAUGAAUGUUCCUCAUCUCAACAAGAAUUCCAUCACUCACAUCGUUACAUGUGUCAAAUCACUGAAACCAUUCUAUCCCGAAGAAGGAUUUACGUAUUUAAAUUUACAUUUGUUUGAUCAAACGGAUGAGCAUAUUGGAGAUACCAUCUUUGAAGAAUCCUUUGAAUAUAUUGAUCAAGCCAUUCAAAACGGAAAUACUGUGCUCGUACAUUGCAUGAAAGGAAGAUCAAGAAGUGCAACCAUUCUCAUUGCAUAUUUGAUGAGAAAGAAUGGAUGGACGUAUCUUGAGACUCUCAGGAUGGUUCAACAAAAGAGAUCCAUUGUACAACCCAAUGAAGGAUUUGAAAGACAAUUAUUAGAAUUGGAAAGAAAGCUGUUGUCCUCAUCGAAUGAUUCAUUACAAUAA